AUGCCAACUUGGAUCCAUGGUUCAAUGUAUCAUACCAUGACUCCGUAUCGUAUCCAUGAUUUCAUUAUAAUGAUUGUCUUUCAGGACGGGACGAAAUCAAUCUCCACAUCCUCAAUUCCUGGAGUUGACAGCUAUUCGACUUGUGGCUCAGUCAGUAAGAGAUGUUUCCGCGGCGCCUUCUACAACACUUGCUCGGAAGCGGUCCGUGCACGAGGACUUAUGAAUGGAAACAUUGAAUGGGAGAAUGCGAUUUCGGAGAUUGCAAGACCAGUCGAAUGCAGACGUCUCUUCGCCAGUCAAUCCGGGAGAGCUUUGAAUCCUGCCGAACACAAGAAUAAAGGAGAAGCAAAAGAAGUUCGUCGACAGAGUACUCGAGCUGGAUAUGAUAAUCGGAAAGUCGCGAAUGAUAUACGUCGGUGGUGCUGGAGGAACAGGAAAAACAUUCUGCUAUAA